AUGGCGACCGGUAGCCAAGCAGGGUCUGCGAAGGAGACGUUAUCCAGGAAGGACUCCAUCGUGUCCGAGAAGGAGUCGCAGCCAGGACGACCGACGGACGAAAGCCGGGCGGUGGCUGAGCGGAAGCUCGUCCACAAGCUCGACGCACGGCUGCUGCCAGUACUGACGAUGCUCUACCUGCUCUCCUUCCUCGAUCGCUCCAACAUUGGCAAUGCAAAGCUUGACGGCUUGACUGCCGACCUCAAAAUGACGCAAGCCGAUUAUCUUAAUGCAUUGACUAUGUACUUCCUCGGCUAUGUGUUGUUUGAGAUCCCGAGCAACAUCGUCCUUAAGCGCCUCACGCCCCGGCUGUGGCUGCCGACAUUGAUGGUAGUCUGGGGCAUUGUCUCCACACUCAUGGGACUCGUCCACAAUUACAGCGGCUUGAUGGCUGUGCGCUUCUUCCUCGGUGCUACAGAAGCCGGACUCUUCCCCGGCGUCGUCUAUUAUUUGUCGUGCUGGUAUAAGAGGAAGGAGCAGCAUUUCCGUAUCUCAAUAUUUUUCAGCGCAGCCAGUCUUGCUGGGGCUUUUGGUGGUGUCCUUGCGUAUGGUAUCGGUAAGAUGACAGGAGUCGGGCACAAGUCCGGUUGGUCAUGGAUUUUUAUUAUCGAGGGUUUGGCUACCAUCGUGCUCGCCUCUGCUUCCUACCCUCUUGUCUAUAACUACCCGGACACGGCAACAUUUCUGAACGCAGAAGAGAAGCAACUCCUUCACGAGCGAUUGGUUGAUGACAACGAUGCCCUGAGCGGCGAGACGUUCCAAUGGCACUACGUCAAGAGAGCGUUCCAGGAUGUCACUGUGUGGCUGUACGGCUUCUGCUUCGUCGGCUGCUCGCUGCCGCUAUAUACGCUCUCCCUAUUCUUGCCCACCAUCAUCAACGAUCUCGGGUACGCAGCAGCAGAAGCCCAGCUACUCACCGUUCCGCCCUACUUCGUCGCGACCGUGCUUACCUUCCUGACUGCGUACGGCUCUUACUACAUCAACCGGCGCGCUGUCUUCAUCAUCGCGGGCGCGAUCCUUGCCAUUAUCGGGUACAUUAUACUCAUAACCUCCGCAACGACGGGCGUGCAAUAUUUCGCCACCUUCCUCUGUGCUGGGGGGAUAUACCCUGCCACUGCUAUCACACUCUCGUGGCCCGCGAAUAACGUCUCGGGCCAGCUCAAGCGUGCCGUGGCGUGUGCGCUGCAGAUCAGUGUCGGAAACGGCCUCGGAGCAAUCGUUGGGACGCAGCUUUACCGCUACGGGCCACGCUUCUAUCUCGGGCACGGCUUCUCCAUCGGAUAUCUCUGCCUGGCCAUUGCUGCGUCCUCGCUGAACUGGUACGUACUUAGCAAGCGGAACGCCGCGAAGGAGAAGGAACCGCAGUCGGCCCAAUAUUCCUUGGCCGACGCAGACGACAAGGAGAGUCGGCUGCGCCUAGGCGACGAACACCCGUCGUGGAAGUUCCAGCUAUGA